AUGGAUAAAACGCCAGCGCCCAUAUUCCGAAAGCAGCGAGGUCCUGCACCUCCGUCCUCGGCGAUACCCUCUUCUUCUCCCGCCUUUGGCACUCCUGUUCACCCUCUCAAGCCAUUCGCCGUCAACGCCCCCAAAGCCGCGAUAUUACCUAUAAUUCUGCCUCCGCCGACGCUGCGACCCCUCGCUUUCCGCACAUUCACAAAAAAACACUCCCUCACACUCACAUCUUCGGCUCUGCAGGAACUCGCUGCCUUCAUUGGCAGGCACUGCGGUUCAGGAUGGCGCGAAGAGGGUUUGGCCGAGAGGGUGCUCGAGGAAGUCGCACGAAGCUGGAAGAAUCGCAAUGGAGGUGUCAUUGUUGAAGGGUCGAGUAAAGAGAUGCAGGAAAUUCUCAAGACUCUCGAGGGCAACAUGAGCGGUGGCAGGAUCACGGGGCCAGCAAGAGGGCUGCCACGAGGAGACAGUAUGCUCGACCUAAACGACAACGAUGCUUUGAACACACGCUUGGGACUCCGACCAGCAGAAGUGAGGAGAGAAGAUAGCAACUCCAGCUUUGGAAUAUCAGGAUUGGGUGUCGAUGAGGAGCAAGAGGAGACGGAGACGAACGAUCCUCGGGCCUGGCUCAAGAUCGUGAAUGCUUACGAGCAACCUAGAUUCAUAUAUAACGUGGCCAAGAAGCAUUUCGAAAAGGAUCCUUCGCCCCCCUCAUUGCUACCUCCAGCAUCGCACAAAACGACAGUCUUCCGCAACCGCUACCAUGUUAUCCACCAACGUCUUCUCCGCAACGAAUCCUUUCAGUCGUCUGCUGUCUCUUCUUCUCGCAAACACAAGCUCGACCAUUCUCUAUCCAACAAGCAAUUGCUCAAACUCACACCAAUAGCCAAUAUGCUAGGUCGUCAUGGCAGUAGUCACAUGUUGUUAGGACUUCUGGUUAUCCUUCCCACCGGCGAUCUCGCCAUCAGCGAUUUGACUGGUACCAUUGCCCUUGAUCUCUCUCAGGCUGUGGCUAUACCUGAGGACUCGGCAUGGUUUUGUCCCGGCAUGAUCGUGCUCGUAGAUGGUGUCUACGAAGAGGAAGAUGAAUCCGUGGGCAAGGGUCUCAGUGGCAGCAGUGGUGUUGGAGGUACUCUAGGUGGUCGCUUCCAAGGCUUCUUCAUCGGCCAACCUCCAUGUGAACGACGCAAAGCCACUCUUGGUAUCAGCGGCCCCGAUGGCGGCCAGGAGCAAAUCAUAGGAGGUGGCUUUGGCUGGAUUGACUUCUUAGGCGUCGGCAGUGAGCGCGCCUUGGGUACCAAGAUGCGCAGACUAGAGAGCCGCCUCCUCCGAUCUAGAGCAGAAGACGAUGCGCCAUCUCGUGGGCGUGUAGUUAUCAUCGGCGAGCUGAACCUCGACCAGCCCCGAACUCUUCAAGCCUUGCGCAAAAUUCUUUCGACAUAUGCCUCCGAACCCGAAGGAUCAGUACCCUUGACAUUUGUGCUGAUGGGUAACUUCACUCAGUAUGCCGUGCUCGCACGCGGAGGUAGUGGUGGAGGUAUCGAAUACAAGGAAUACUUUGAUUCCUUGGCUUCAACUCUUAGCGACUUCCCAACACUACUUCAGUCGUCUACGUUUGUCUUUGUCCCUGGCGACAACGAUGGCUGGGUCUCUUCCUUCACGGCGGGUGCUUCCGUACCGUUGCCUCGAAAGCAAGUACCAGACAUGUUCACAUCUCGAAUUCGUCGUGUUUUUGCGACAGCCAAUGGCGAAGCGGGAGGAAAGACAAAUGGCACGGCGGUAUGGACCUCGAACCCAAGCCGAAUAAGUCUUUUCGGGCCCAACCACGAGCUUGUUCUUUUCAGGGAUGAUGUAUCUGCUCGUCUGCGCCGAGCCUCAGUCCGUCUCAAGCCGAAAGCCAAUGAUGCUACUGCAGACGAGACGCAAAGCUCGAAUCCCAAUCCUCCUGAUGACGUCCAGCCUAUGGAUAUUGACGCUGCUCAUCAUGGUGAUCCAACUGCCACUGCGGCUGCAUCACCUGCCAGUCCCCUUGUUCCUCACGACAUACACGCCGCCCAGAAGUUGGUGAAAACUGUCCUCGAUCAAGGUUACCUCGCCCCUUUUCGUCAGGUCAUCCGCCCUGUUCACUGGGACUAUGCAUCAUCUUUACAUAUAUACCCGUUACCCACUGCUAUGGUGCUGCUUGACACAACCGCACCACCAUUUUGUAUUACCUAUGAAGGCUGCCACGUUAUGAACCCUGGCAGUGUCCUUGUACCAGGUCGCAAGGGUGUUGCUCGGUGGGCAGAGUAUGAGGUUGGCCGUGAAGGUAAACUAAGAGAAUGUACUAUCUAG